AUGCCGCCUGUUGGAUUUUUCGCUGAACUACUGUUGAAAUACUCAGGAUGCGUGAGUUCUAAGAGGAGUGGAACUAGCACUUCACCUUUUAAGCCUUUCCUAACUGACAAGCUCCCAAACUACGCAGAAAACUACGUGAACUCUUACGUAUCCGCUUGCCAAGACGACCCAGAGCUGAAAUCCUUUGAUUCUUCGCUUCACCUACAAACCAGCAAUCUGAUCCGCUCCAAAGAAGAUGUGUUGAAGAACGAAGAACUAAAGUCUUUGGUUGAUCUCUAUUACGAAGAACUAAAGACUUUAAAUCUCUUUAAUACGGUGGAUAAGUGCGUCAAGAAAGCAGAAAUAACCCUGCUGAACAUUAGAGUCGCGAUUAAGAAGUUUGAAAAAGAGUCGAUGGACAUGGAUCUUGGAGGAAACAAGAACUACGCGGAUACGUUAAAGGAGCUGAAUAAGGUUAAAGCUAUGGGAGAUCCUUUUGGUGACGAGUUCAUGCAACAGUUCUAA